AUGGCACAAACUCAUCACUUUCAUUUUGACCCAUUAAGAGCCACGUUGAUAGACUUGCAACACUCAUUGAAAAACAACAAGAUAACAGCAGUUCAGAUUUUGGAGAUAUGUUUCGCGCAAAUUGACCACUACAAUGCCCGUUUCAACAUUCUCAUUUCCGCUGCUCCACGAGACUCUCUUCGACGUAGAGCUAAAUGCCUCGAUGACGAAAGAAAGGACGGACAAGUUCGGGGUCCACUGCACGGAAUACCGAUCGUGCUCAAGGAUUGCAUUGCCACAGACCCAGAUCUAGGCAUGUCUACUACCCUUGGAUCUUUGGCUUUCGUGGGCGCGAAGCCGAAGCAGAAUUCUACGGUAGUCCAGAAACUUCUUGAUGCAGGCAUGAUCAUCAUUGGAAAGGGGAAUAUGACGGAGCUAUGUGGGAUGAAAAUGACCUUCAUGAUGCCAGGCUGGAGCGCCCAUGGCGGACAGACUCUGUCGCCCUAUGUUGGCCCGAUUGAAAAAGACGAGACGAUUCUAGGCCACUCGGCAAGUUUUGUUAUACCUUGCCAGCUCAACAGCUUUCUAAUCAGUGGGCAGGCACCUGGAGGAUCUUCUGUUGGGCCAGCAGUUGCAGUGUCAACAGGAAUAGCACCUAUUUCAUUAGGGUCAGAAACAGUUGGAUCCAUCGUGACCCCCGCAACUCGGCAAGGUCUGUACGCAAUUAAGCCAACUGUAGGCGCAGUUGAUCUUUCCGGUGUGUACGCAAUGACUGCAUUUUUCGACAGCGUAGGUCCUAUGGCCAAGUCAGCCAGCGACCUCGCCCCCGUGCUAGAGCUGUUACUAGGCCGCUCGUUUCCCCUGCCUUCGAGUAAUUCAGGGGAGGAUACAUGGGAAAACCUAGCAGUCGGCUUUGCGAAUCCUCGCGAAUGGAAGAUCGUCGAAGAUCACUGCCGCCAGCAUGAGGGAACAUCAGAGCAGAUGGUCGCCGAAUAUGAAGAACGAGUUGCGGCUUUGCAAAAGCUUUGUCCUGCUAUCAAAUACCCCAUUGAAGUACCAGAUGCUUCUAAGCUGACAGUGGAUGGUGAACAAGCAAUCAUGCCCAUUGCUUUCUGGGAAUUCAAGAAUGUCGGGUUGCCUGAGUUCAUCAAGUCCCUUGCCGAAUCGCCAGUGCGUAGCCUGGAGGAGAUCAUUGACUUCAAUGAGACACACAAGGAUAAAGCACUCCCUCAGCCCUAUUCCGAGCAAGGAGACCUCAUCAAGUGUCUCAACAAUGACGACGCCGAAGAAAAAAUCUCAGACCUCAGGACGAAGCUACGGAAGAUAGCAAGAGAUCUACUCGAGGAUGCUUUCGUCUCCAACGAAGUAGAUAUCAUCGCGGCGCCAGGAGACUCAGCUUUGUGUAUUCAUGCAGCUUGUGCAGGGUACCCGCUUGCCGCCUUCCCGGUUGGCACGUUGAAAUACAACGGCCGCCCAUUCGGUAUGUGCGCCAUAGCUAGAGCCAAUCAGGAGGAUGCUCUGUUGCGAUUCAUGGUUGCUGUGGAUAUGCAGGCUUUUGGUGGAGCGUCACGCUACUUCUUCACAGUCACCCUCUCUCUCCUCAUCAGCACUAGCCGACGUCAGCCCGAGGUCCUACUUACACCAAAUCCCUUGGAAAUGACCAAAUUCGAGACCCUGAUAUCCGUAGGCGGUCCCUUGUUCCGCCUACCCGGAACAUCUGUGGCCGACUUCAGCGCUGCCUGGCGACGGCACGGACAGCUGGUCGCCCCUUGGUUCGUGCACUUCGGCGUGUACGAGUACAUCCAGAUCUAUCUGCACAACGGCCAGGGUGUUUCGCUCUCGUCCGCGGAUGCCUUGGCGGCAUCUUCGGUCAGCGGCAGGAGCCAGGUUCGGGGGAUCCUCGAGCAGGCUUCUGGCAUCGCACUCGUACGAUGCACGGCAAUACCCUCAGCUGACGGAAGCCACAGACCAUUCGGUGACGCGAUGGCCCAUCCGUAUUUCCGAGAUGUGGUUAGCGUAGACGAGCGCCGGUUCUUGCAUGCCGAGUCCGGGGCUACGGCGGUCAAGGGUGAUGUCCCAGAGUUUGACGUCCCAGAUCUGGGCGUCGAUGAGUGGAGAGCCCUGGCUGCAGAUAUUGGGGCAGAAGAAGUCGUUGUGAUCAAAGGCGGGAAGGUUGUUUGUGAAGGGGCCCGGUGGGAAGAAUGGAGGAUGGCCAAUGGCGAACAACCGGAAGGUCCUGCGACAAGAUGA